AUUUAUUCUUCCUGGUUUGCUUGCCCCAUCCAAUCCAAUCUCAAUCACUACGAUGGGAACUUCUCCUUAGCUUCAUCCGUAAUAUAAAGAGUACCAAUCCGAGUUCUCCGCCGCUUCAUCGAUCGGAGUUUCUAUCCCUCGCCGGCGGACGGUAACCCUAACUCAGGUCGAGGAACUGCUCUGCGGUUCAUCGUCAGAGAUUGACCCGGCUUCUCGUUCGGGUUGACUGGAAGAGAAUGGAGGGAAGGAGAUGGUUCUUGGUGGGAAUGUUGAUAGCUCUACUUGCGUCUACGUCUUGUGGCAGAGAGCUGAAGAUAAGGGAAUACGGUGACGAGGGGGAUGAUCGGUCUCUGGUUUACAAUCACACCCUCGCCAUGACGUUGGUGGAGUAUGCCUCCGCAGUGUAUGUCUCAGACAUGACUGAGCUAUUUACUUGGACAUGUUCAAGAUGCAAUGGCUUAACAAAGGGCUUUCAGGUUGUGGAGCUGAUCUUUGAUGUGCAACACUGCUUAGAGGCAUAUGUUGGAGUUGCUCAGGAUCUUAAUGCUAUAGUUAUUGCCUUCCGAGGAACUCAGGAACACAGGCAUAUCAUGAGUAUGUCUCGUUACCUAGUAUGCAACUACCUUACUGUUGCUUAUGUCCUCUUACAGAAUUGGAUUUCAGACCUCUUCUGGAAACAGCUUGAUUUAGAUUAUCCUGGAAUGCCUGAUGCGAUGGUGCAUCAUGGAUUCUAUUCUGCAUAUCACAAUACAACUAUACGGUCUGGAAUUCUGAAUGCCAUUAAAAAAGCAAAGCAGUAUUAUGGGAAGCUUGACAUCAUGUUGACUGGGCAUUCUAUGGGUGGAGCCAUUGCUGCGUUCUGUGCACUUGAUCUAGUAGUCAACUGUGAAGCCGAGAAUGUCCAGUUGAUGACGUUUGGACAACCCCGUGUAGGCAAUGCAGUUUUUGCAACCUACUACAAGGAGCUUGUGCCUAAUGCAAUCAGAGUCGUAAAUGAACGUGAUAUUGUACCUCAUUUGCCCCCAUAUUAUUCUAUAUUCCCAACGAAGACAUAUCAUCACUUUUCCAGAGAGGUGUGGCUUUAUAACCUUGGAUUGGGAAGUCUUGUUUAUACAGUCGAGAAGGUUUGUGACGACUCCGGUGAAGAUCCUACUUGUAGCAGAUCGGUGUUGUGGACUAGUAUUUCAGACCAUUUGUCCUACUAUGGCGUCGAUUUAUGUGGAGACGUAGACUUGUCUUGUGGAAUUGUGAUGGCGCCUGCUCUGAAGGAGUUUAGCACCACAGAUCUGAAGGGCAACUUCGUACUUUCAAGAGUUCCUGCCUCCUCUAUACUGAAGAUGAAAACCGAAGAAACCGUGACACACAAUCAUUCCUUGUAGCUUUCGACAAUGGCCGAUUGUGGUUUCUCUCCUGAGGUAAGUGUAGUGUUUAGUCGCUUGUUACUUGGUGAAGAAGGAAUUUGUAAUCUUGUACAUAGAUGAUGCUUAUAGUAGGAAAAUAUAUGUCCCAGUCCCACUCUCCCUAGCCAAAACUUGGGAAAUAGCCUUUGUAAUUAGUAAUUACAUAUAUGUGUACAGUUUGUAAUCUGACGUUAUUAAACCCUAUUCUCUUGGUCUAUUCGAUGUGAAUUUGCAUAACCUGUAAUCACUUACUGUUCAAACCUCUAAUCCAUUCCUUCAUUCGAAAUAUUCAAGAAUGAACCGUGCUAACUGUAGAUCUUAAGAAGCGCAACG